CGACAACAAACGCAAGUGACAUCUCAACUGCAUAACUACAAUUUUACAUGUAACCCGUAAUCCUGUUUGCUCUAAUGCUUCUCUUCCAAUUUAGCCUCAAAUUGAAAUAGUUACUUGUCACAUUACAUUACAUUACAUUACAUUAUUACACCACACCAACCAUGAUCUCACCCACACCCACACCCACACUCCCUCCCAGUCGCCGCAUCGUCGGCGUCUCCACAAAGAUGUACUUUUCCGCCGCCCGGACAAAGCAAUACGUCGACGAGCUACUGCAAAUCCUUUCUUCCCCUCCAAACUCCCCCGCUACAAACCAAAACCUCCUGAACAACAUUGACAUCUUCAUAAUUCCCGACCACAUAACCCUCACCUCCGUCAUCACCCAACUCCAACACUCCCGCCCCCCCAUCCCUAUCCUCCCCGGUGCCCAAGACGCCUUCCACGAAGACGCCGGCGCCUACACCGGGGAAAUAUCCCCCGCCGUCCUCGCCGAAGUAGGCUGUCGUAUCGUAGAACUAGGCCACGCCGAGCGCCGCCGUAUCUUCGGCGAGACAGACGCCGACACCGCGCGCAAAGCCGCUGCCGCGGCGCGGAACGGUUUAAUUCCGUUAAUCUGUAUCGGGGAGCGCUCAAAGGCAGACGGGGAAGCGGGUGUUAGAGUCGCCGUCGACGAGUGUAGAACGCAAGUCGAAGCUGUGCUUGUCGCGCUCCCUACUACCGCGGAGGUGGUAUUGGCCUACGAGCCUGUCUGGGCGAUCGGGGCGGUAGAGCCCGCGGGCGCGGAGCAUGUGGUUGCUGUUACGCAGGCUAUCCGGGGCCUGGAGUGCGUGCGGAGUCGUGAGGGAAGCACGAGGAUCCUGUAUGGGGGGAGUGCUGGGCCGGGGCUUUUCGCGCAGCUGAAGGAUGGAGUGGACGGGCUGUUUUUGGGACGGUUUGCGCAUGAUCCGGCGCAGUUUUAUAAGACGAUUGUGGAGGUGGCUACGGCGUGACGUAUACUUAGCUGGAUAGGGGGGAGAAGUAAUGAUGGCAAUAUGAUGGCAAUAUGAUGGCAAUACCUCUGGAGCACUUGUAGAUACCGUCGAUAUACGUUGUCAAUAGCUGUAAACAUAUUCCAACAAAAUCCAAUCCAGACUAAUGACUUAAUAUGAAUGAGGCGCGAUUUACAGCG